AUCAGGAGCAUCUUUUAUGGGGUUAUGAAUGACAAUUUGCAAUCCUCGGGAACAUCGUUUAUAUCUUUCUAAGGACACCUGUGCAUAAUUAUGUGCAAUAAAUUGGUCAUCAAGCAAUCUAAAUCUUUUCUCGCCCUGUGUAAUAAUUCAAACCAGAAGUACAGACAAAGCUCCGGCAAUGGCUACCUUACCUAUUUGAUAAUGAAUCUUAGUAUAUAAUAAAGCAACGAAUUGAUGCCCUGUUCGUCUAUUUUUGCUUUAAUACUGGGAAUCUCGAAACCCAUCUGGAAAUAAUUUGUAGAAAGUCCGCCGACGUAGGAAAGCCAAUCUUUUGGCUUGGAUUGACGGCCCCCCCACUUCAGAAUUGCCAAAGCCGUCACAAUGGCGAGAAAAAGGGGCGGCAGCGGCUAUGGGCUGUUGGCAAUGAUGCUGUUGACGAUGGCUUGGAUUGCAUCCCCGGCCAUGGGGAAAUUUGUGGUGGAGAAGAACAAUUUAGGGGUUACCUCGCCGGAAAAUAUUAAGGGCACAUAUGACAGCGCUAUAGGCAAUUUUGGUAUUCCUCAGUAUGGCGGAUCAAUGAUCGGGACUGCUGCUUAUCAUGAUGAGAAUCACAUGGGUUGCCAGGAAUUUGCUUCAGCGGUCGACUUUAGAACCAGCCCUGGUGGACUUCCUAAUAUUGUUCUUGUCGACCGUGGAGAGUGCUUUUUUGCUUUGAAAGUCUGGAAUGCUCAGAAAGCUGGAGCGGCGGCUGUGCUUGUGUCUGAUGACAAGGAAGAACCUUUGAUAACUAUGGAUUCACCUGAAGAAGGUAGUUCAACUUAUGAAUAUCUUGAGAAUAUCACUAUUCCCUCUGCCCUCAUUGAGAAAAAAUUAGGUGACAAACUGAAAGAAGCUAUUAAAAAGGGGGAAAUGGUCAAUAUUAAUUUGGACUGGAGAGAGUCUGUUCCACACACAGAUGAACGUGUGGAGUAUGAGUUGUGGACAAAUAGCAACGAUGAAUGUGGGUUGAAGUGUAAUAUGCAGAUGGAAUUUUUAAAGAAUUUCAAAGGAGCUGCUCAAAUUCUUGAGAAAGAAGAACACACAAAAUUUACUCCUCACUAUAUCACUUGGUACUGCCCUCCGGCCUUUACUGUGAGCAAGCAGUGCAAAGCUCAAUGCAUUAAUAAUGGAAGAUACUGUGCACCUGAUCCAGAACAGGACUUUAAUCGGGGGUAUGAUGGGAAAGAUGUGGUGACUGAAAAUCUGAGACAACUGUGUGUCUUUAAUGUUGCAAAAGAUGAUGGCAAACCCUGGGUUUGGUGGGAUUAUGUCACUGAUUUCCAUAUCAGAUGUCCAAUGAAGGAUCAAAAAUAUAACAAAGAAUGUGCAGACGGUGUCAUCAAAUCUCUAGGUCUGGAUAGGAAGAAGAUAGAAAAAUGCAUGGGGGAUCCAAAUGCAGAUACUGAAAACUCUAUUUUGAAAGCUGAGCAAGAUGCACAGGUUGGACAUGGAUCUCGUGGUGAUGUCACAAUAUUACCCACUCUUGUUAUUAACAAAAGGCAAUACAGAGGAAAACUGGACAAAGGAGCUGUCAUGAAAGCAAUUUGUUCUGGUUAUAAGGAGACCACUGAACCUACAGUUUGCUUGAAUGAUGACAUGGAGACAAAUGAAUGUUUGGUAAAUAAUGGCGGUUGCUGGCAAGAUAAGAAGGGAAAUAUAACAGCUUGCAAGGAUACUUUCCGUGGAAGGGUCUGUGAGUGUCCUUUGGUUGAAGGUGUUCAGUAUAAGGGAGAUGGUUAUACCCACUGUGAUGGUAAGAAGUCUCAACAAAAAACGACCGGUGGGGGUGCUAUAAUUUUUGUACUGUUUGUGGUGGCUGCUCUUGCUAUUGGAGGUUACAUAUAUUAUAAAUACAGAUUCAGAUCAUAUGUGGACUCUGAAAUCAGGGCCAUCAUGGCGCAAUACAUGCCUCUUGACAGCCAGGAAGGGAAUCCAAAUCAUAUUCACAGCGAAACAUUAUAAACAAUGGCAUCAUACAAACUUAAACUUGGGGCCAAUUCUGCAGAUGAUUCUACAGAUUUUAUUUUAAAGUAGUGUUCUUGUACAUUAUAAUUGUGGGAUACUAUGUUCAAGUUUUUUUCGAUCAUACAAGGUGACUAAAAUGCAUUUCUCUUUGGAUGUUCUUUGUAUAAGCUUUAUACUUGUGAGCGGUGUGCUCACAUUUGGAUUCUGUAAGAUUCCUAGGGUAGUAUUAGAUAACAAGCACUUAAGUUUCAGGAUGUUGUAUAUGCUCAUUGAGUCGGAGAAGGCACAACAGUAUAAUCUGCAAUAAUGGGGAAUAAAGGUUACAAGUAGAAUGAUGUUCGCUUGAAGGCUGACCACUGCUAAAACUUCAAGAGCAGCAUAGAAUAAUGCUUUUAUAAUAAUUUGAUAGAAUUAUAAAAAUUGUUAUCUUGAUAAUAGUUGAAAGGCUGCGUGUCUUCAUUUGGUUUCUAGUUUUAAA